AAAAAAUAGUUACAUGAAAAAAUAAAGUAUAUAAAUGAAACGAAGUAAGCUUGAAACCUUUUUCUCCUUCUUUUCAUCAAAGAUAUAAAAAGGAGUUGGCCUGUCAUGAAUUUGUAGACCAAGUCAGUAGGGCCGGGGCUUGAUCAGAAAUAUCUGACUCAACAAGGCCCAAAGCCGACAACACUUCAAUAAUUGAAUUCAAUCUCCUUCAGAAAUCCCACAGAAAUAGAAUUUCAAAACCCCAAAAAGCCCAAACUUUACUUUUCACUUGUAAAAUCAUCUUGCUAGGGUUCUUGUUACGAAGAUAGCAAAAUCCAUGAAACUAGGGGGCUUAAAAUCCGUGGAAAACGCCCACGACGAGUCGGUUUGGACUGCCACGUGGGUUCCAGCCACCGACACCCGUCCGGCCGUCCUGUUAACGGGGUCCCUGGACGAAACCGUCAAGCUGUGGAGAUCCGACGAGCUCGAGCUCGUGCGGACCAACACCGGCCACUGCCUUGGCGUCGUUUCAGUGGCCUCCCAUCCUUCCGGCGUGAUCGCCGCCUCCGCCUCUCUCGACAGCUUGGUUCGCGUGUUUGACGUUGACACCAACACCACUAUCGCCACUCUCGAAGCUCCUCCCUCUGAAGUCUGGCAAAUGCAAUUCGAUCCGAAGGGUACAACACUUGCAGUUGCCGGUGGGGGUAGUGCAUCAAUCAAGCUGUGGGACACUGCAACAUGGAGGUUGGUUGCAACUUUAUCAAUUCCUCGUCCUGAAGGACACAAGCCCUCUGAUAAAAGUAGCAGUAAGAAGUUUGUCCUAUCUGUUGCAUGGAGUCCUGAUGGAAGACGACUUGCUUGUGGCUCAAUGGAUGGCACGAUUUCCCUUUUCGAUGUAGCUCGAGCCAAAUUUCUGUAUCACCUUGAAGGCCAUUACAUGCCUGUUAGGUCUCUUGUGUUUUCUCCAGAACCUGAUUCCCGGAAGCUAUACACAGCCUCUGAUGAUGGUCAUGUGCAUAUCUAUGAUGCUGAGGGGAAAGCCAUAAUUGGGGCCAUGUCAGGUCAUGCUAGCUGGGUGUUGAGUGUGGAUGUAAGCCCCGAUGGAGAGGCUAUUGCAACAGGUUCAAGUGACAAAACUGUAAGACUAUGGGAUUUUAAGAUGAGAGCAGCUAUUCAGACAAUGAGCAAUCACACAGACCAGGUCUGGGCAGUGGCAUUUCGACCUGGAGGAGGUGGUCGUCUUGCUAGUGUGUCAGAUGACAAGAGUAUAUCACUCUAUCAUUAUUCUUGAGCGUUCAUGGCUUGUUGAGAUUAAAAACAUUAAGGAUUUGCUUGCAUUACAAAAUGUUGCUACAUGUUUAGCUAUCACUGAUCCAAUAAAUAUGAAACUUGGCUUUA